AUUUAAGUUAGAAUAUCAAAAUACGAUGAUGUGCAAUUGAAAUCAAAUUAGUGAUCAGAAUUAUGACAACUCAGCAUGAACCAACCAGAAACCAAUGGCGGCCCCUAUUUUGAUUCCUCUCUCCUACUUUCCCUCUCUACUCAACAGAUAUUUUCUGCGGCAUUAGCGGCUCUAAACUAAAGACCAUCUUAUUUUCAACUUUGGGUAUUUCUAAACUAUUAAACCUUGUUUCUUUUCUUUUUUUAAAGCAUCCAUAAACCUCUUCAAUCACACAAAAUAAACAAGUGAAUUUCAAUUAUUCAUAUUAUUAUACUCCAUUACAUCAUCAAUUGCCCCAAAUCAUUCUCACCCACUAGAUAUUUUGAGAAAAAUUAUAGGAUUUUUCCUUUUGAUAUGGGUCAUAGUGGGGUUAAUCUUAAGGAAAAGUGAGAAAUUAGAGAUUAAAUUAGGAUGAAGAAUGAAGAAUUUUUAGUUUUAUUUUGUGGGUAUUUUGUAGAAGAUAGAGGAGGUGGUUAAAGUUCUAAUCUUUUUGAUUAUUUUGUGAUUGCGGGUUUUAAUGGGUCAAAUGGAAGGUAUGGAAGCUGUGGUUUUGGAGGUUGAGGAUGAAGAUGAAGUGGAGGAGAUUGAAAAUCAGGAGAAAUGGGAGAAUCUUUUACCAAAAACGGUUCUUAGGGUUCUUCUUGUUGAAGCUGAUGAUUCUACUAGGCAAAUUAUUGGUGCCCUUCUUCGCAAAUGUAAUUACAAAGUUGCGGCUAUAUCUGACGGAUUGAAGGCAUGGGAAGUCCUUAAGCACCACCACAAUAACAUAGAUCUCAUAUUGACCGAACUGGAUUUACCAUCAAUAUCUGGAUAUGCACUUCUUACAUUGAUUAUGGAGCAUGAUAAUUGCAAACAUAUUCCUGUUGUAGUUAUGUCGUCACAAGAUUCAAUUAGUUUGGUGUUGAAGUGCAUUUUAAAGGGUGCAGUGGACUUUCUUAUAAAGCCCGUCAGAAAAAAUGAACUGAAAAACCUGUGGCGCCAUGUCUGGAAGAGACUUGCUAACAAUGUUGGAUAUAUUCUGCAAAAGGAGCUUGCUGGACAACAUAAGACCGAGGCAAUGGAGAAUAAUCGAGUCAAUCUCUCCGAUGAUAAUGUCUCGUCCAGUAAUACAAGUAGAGCUACUGAUGUCCAAGGUCUCUCACAAAGGAAACUCGAGGAAGAAACUGGACUCGGUUGCAAAGAAGGGAAGCAUCAAGCUAAACACGUCAAGGUAGAGGGGGAAAUGCCCUUGGCUAGCCGUGUCUUCGAAGACAGAACGGAAAAUUUCGGGUUUGCUGUUGAAACCUCAAAAGAUAUAAAUGAUUCGACUGCAUGUAGAGUUGAAGAAAAUCGAUACUCUACUGGUAUCGCAACGGAUGAUGCAAAUGACGGUAUAAGAAAUCAAUCAUAUAGAGAUAAUAAUAUUACCCAUGAACAUCCGAUGUCUUCUAUAGAAGCCGUAGAUUUUAUAGGCAAAAUAGAUUAUAAACCAAAAAGCAUAGCGGCGAAAUCGAGUGUCUUAAAAGAGCCAAAAGGUCAGAAUUCUAUUCCGGAGCUCGAGCUUUCGUUAAAAAGGCCCCUUGAUUCGCAAAACAAAGAAGCUCACGAGAGGCCUAUACUUAAUCAUUCGAAUGCUUCGGCCUUCUCUUGGUAUAGUAGCAACAAGAAUCCUCGGACAUCCUUCGCAGCAUCGGAUGUUAAAAUCCCGACAAUCAAAGGUGUAAUUGAUUCUUCGUCAUGGCCAAAGCCGUCUAGUAAGAGUGGGGAGAACAAAACUCAUACACUGCAUCACAUUGGGUUUGUUCCGCUGACGGGACUGACCUUUGACAGCGGUAGAUGGCCCAGCUGUGGUACUGUAAUCCAGUCCGCGUGUAGCCCACAGAAAGGCCCAACCGCAAGAAGCCCGAGUUCGUCCCUGCAUAGAGAGGAACCGCCUUUUCUGACAACAAGCCCUUCACUAUAUUCCGAUCCAGGGACAAAUAGCUCAAUUCAAGGGUGUGGCCAAGCAGGAGAUGAGCUCAAAACGACGGAUUCUGUCGAGCAACAUGGGCAGAGCAGCUCACAAGUCGUGGACCCGGGUUCCAGCGGUACGCAGAGUAAUCAUUUUGGAAGUUACUAUAAAAAAAGUGCACAUGGAAGUGCAUCGGAGAUCACUGAUGUUAAUGCGACUUCUUCGGGCACGAAGGGAAUGAGUUCUGUUGUCGAGAGUGAAAGCUGCAUACAAAUAACCCGUGAUCAAUUCAAGUCGACAGUGGGUCUUCACUCUGCUGAACGGGAAGCAGCUCUUGCUAAGUUCCGACAGAAACGAAAAGAUCGAUGCUUUGAAAAAAAGGUUCGAUAUCAAAGCAGGAAAAGACUGGCAGAGCAGCGGCCUAGGGUGAAAGGACAGUUUGUCCGGCAAAGUCCGAAUGAAUCGGUGAUUGCAAAUGAUAUACCAUAGACUUAAAAGUUUAUUGUAUAUCUUCUCGAAGAAAAGAAAAGGAAGAAAAUGAAAGAAGCCAAAUGCUGUAGACUGAUGAAGUUCAAGUUGUGGAUACAUGUAGGGACUUAGGAACAUACUUGUAAUGUUUAGAUUGUGUUGGCUCAUAAUUCAGAUUGCGUUAUCUUAAGCAUAUAUUAUCUUCUUGAGCUUCUACUUAUACUAUAUACACUUCUAUACUUUCAUUACAUUUAUUUAUCUAGCAAUUAAUGACAAUGGCAGUUUCGUCCUUAAAAA